AUGGAGAAACGCGCCGUCGCCGCCGAGGAGCGCGCUGCCGAAGCCAUCGUGAUGGAGCGCAAGGCGCGCCACGCUCAGGAAGCGCGCGAGAAGCAGGUCGCUUCCAUGCGGUUGAGGGUGCGUGUCUGUCUAUUUAGUGCCCAUAUUCGAAAGGAACAGCGGCACCACGACGUCUAUGGUGACUCCGACACUCACAACCUUCUUCCCGCUCACUCACCCACCCCGCAGCUGAAUAAAAUGUCGCUCGACCUGCAAAAGUCUGAAAAUCAAAGGACAGAAUUACGAGAAUACGUCGGUAAGCUUGAAAGGAAAAUUCAAAGCAAAAUACCGGGGGCGGAAAGGAGAAGUCCGGCUUUCAACUCGAGUAAAGUUAAAAGCAAAUUCAGCGAGGAAUCGCUCCUCGAGGCGCUUUCAUCGAUCGAGGGCUCAAAUUUGAAGUUACACAGCGCGUUACAGGUCGGCAAAUCAUCUCUAAUUUUAUUUCCUAGCCGAGAGCUGAGCUGA